AUGCAGCGUACGAUACAACGCGCUCGACAAGGAAAAGUGCCCAAGGUUAAAGAAACGGUGCUUGCUGAUUUUACUGUACCUGACGAGUUACGCUGUACUUCCAAAAACGAACCAUUUUUGCUCUAUGAUAGCGAGAGUCGUCGGAAUCGCUGUUUGAUAUUUUCAACUGACGCUAAUUUGAAAAAAUUAAGUGAAUGUGAAAUUGGGUGUGGAGAUGGGACAUUUCGUACUAUUCCGGCCAUGUUUCAACAGAUGUAUUCUAUACAUGGCAUUUUCGGUGAACAUACAUUACCAUUUGUUUAUGUUCUGUCAUCCAGUAAAUCUAAAUCGGUUUAUCUAGGGAUUUUACGAACGAUAAAGGAACUGCUUCCUGGUGUCAUUAAGUUGCGACGUAUGUUAACUGAGUUUGAGUCAGCGUACAUGAAUGCAUUUGAAGAAGUUUUUCCUGGUGUGAAAAUAACCGGCUGCUUAUUUCAUCAUACGCAAUGUAUUUGGCGUCAUGUUCAAGCCCAAGGGCUACAAGCUCAAUACAAUACUACGCUUAAUCUAUCUGAAAAUAUUCGAAUGCUAAUGGUUUUAUCGUUUGUCCCAGUUGAUGAUGUAAUUCUAGCAUAUGAAGAACUUGUUACUAGUCAAUAUUUCGUUGAUAAUGAUGAAAUAUUAUCAGGAUUAUUAGACUACUAUGAAUCAACAUGGAUUGGAAUGAAGAAACGGAAUGGAAAGACCCGCUCUUCGCCGUUAUUCGAUAUUAAAAUUUGGAAUUGUUAUUUAAGUGUGAUUAAUGAUGAAAUUAGGUCAAAUAAUAGAAUGGAAGAUUGGCAUCAUUCAUUUAAUGACUUGAUUCGGGUCAAUCAUGCUAAUAUUAGUAAAUUUAUUAAUGUAUUGAAAUCCCAACAGAAUAUUGUUGAGCUCAAACCGUUGCAAUUACGUACUGGUUUAUUGUUACCGGAGAAACGCCGAGUAUAUCAGAAUUAUAAUAAUCGUUUGAAAAAUAUCGUUAUGUCUUACAAUGCUGAUGAGAAAUUGCAGUAUCUUAAAAAUAUUGCUCGUGUUUUGAAGGUAUAA